AUGUCGUUCGCAUCACCCGUCAAGGCUGCACUCGGGCGCAUCGCAUUCGUGACUGGCGCGGGGCAGGGUAUUGGUCGUGCCAUCGCGUGUCGUCUUGCGCGCGAUGGGUACGACAUCUCCAUCGCCGAUAUCCCCCCUGCGAAGGCGAGGGUUGACGAUGUCAUCAAGGAGAUCGAGUCGUACGGCAGGAAGGCCAUCAGCGUCUACGCUGGUACGUACCGGCCUCUUGCAUGCGAGUCUAGUGAUAUGAGGGAUGCAAAGCAGAUCUACGCGGCCCUCGAUGAAACCGUAGACAAACUAGGACCGAGGCUCUUCGUCAGCGUUGCAAAUGCAGGUGUCACGCAAGUCAAACCUCUGCUCGAAUGCACGCCUGAGUUCAUCGAGAACGAAGUGAGGCUCAACGUGCUUGGCCUGAUGAACACGUACAUCGCAGCAGCCAAGCAGAUGGUGAAGCAAGGUUUCGGCGGCCGUGUCAUUGGCGCGGGUUCGAUCGCGUCCUACCGUACAGCAGCGAAUCUCGCCCCAUACGGCGCAACCAAGUUCGCUGUUCGUGGCUUCACGGAGGCCGCAGCAAAGGAGUGGGCGCAGUAUGGCAUUCGAGUGAACGCAUACGGCCCUGGCAUUGUCGACACUCCGAUGUGGGACCACAUUGAUGCUGAGCUCGCGAAGAUCGAGGGCAUCAGCCAGGGCGAGGCAAAGGCGAAGCGGGUGAAAAACGACAUCCUGCUCGGGCGUAUACAGGAGCCCGAGGACGUCGCUAAGCUUGUCUCGUUCCUUGCGUCGGAGGAGGCGGAGUACAUCACCGGCCAGACGAUCAAGACGUGCGGUGGCGCGUCGCUAUAGAUGUUUAGAUGUUUCCUUUCGGGAUGAUAUGACAGUGAUACGUUACACGUUGCUUUGUGGCAUCGCAUGAAUAGAAUUGGGUCAUCGCUUGGUU